AUGAAGGAUACACUAAUUGCGUCCAUUGCAACCUCUCAUACGAAGAAGAUCAUCAUCUCCGACCCAACCAAGUUUCGUCACUAUGGUUCCAUUCCAGAGACAAUGUACCGAAGUGUUACAGCGCACAGUAAGGUGAUGGCUGAUUACAGAAACCUUAAUCCCAUAGAGCCGAGAGUUCUGACUACCGAACAACAAGCUGCUUUGGAUGCUCUUGACAAGCCAAGUAACCGAGGCAAACGGGUGACUGCAAAGAAGGAGACAACCGAGCAUGAAACCUCUAAGCCUUCCAAGAGCAAGAAGCGAAAUUUAGAGACAGAAAGUUCUUCUAAGCCUAAGAAGAUUAAACGAAUGGCACGAAAACCCAAGGGUCCAACUCCUCCACAAUCUGACAAUGAAGAUGAAGAAGACGAAUCUCAACAUGUGUCUCCAAGAGAUAAUACUCCACCUCAUUCUCCUACCCCAACUCAAGAAGUUAAAAUUCCCACUCCAUCUCCUUCCCCAAAACAAACACCUCCGAAACAGACACCUCCAACACUGACACCGAAAGUUCCAGUUUCGGUUGUUCCCACUACUACAACAGAAACUUCUCUACCACCUCCACCAGUUUCUUCUAUUUCUAUUUCCACAACACCUUUAUCCACUCCAAUAAUUACCCCAGUCACAAGCACUACAAUCCCUGAACAAACAACAAGGGUCAACGUAUCUCAUACGGGGGCACCUACUUCUGAUGAAGACACUAAAGCUCCUAUCAACCGCCAACACUUAGACAGUAUUCAUGAAAAUUUGGAUACAUUGCUUGCUGAUACUAAAGCCUAUGGAGGGGUUGUUCUUAAAGCUUUUGUGGAGACAAGUAUAGCGCAAUAUACAAAAGCUAUGGAUAAUUCAACUGAUGCCAUCAAAGAAUCGACUUCAGUUUGCAAGAAAUCCUCUGCUGAUGUUACUGAAGGAUAA